UCAUUCAUUUCUGUACGACUUAACCCAGAACUGUUCGAAAAUAUGUUCAAGCUGGUGUUGUGGAAUUUCCUACUUUUGGGUUUCCUGCUGAAAAAUGUCUAUUGUGAAUCAUACAACCUUGGCGGCUGUCCGAAAAUGAAAUCAUAUGAAAGUUUCAACAUGACGAAGUUUCUUGGAUUGUGGUAUAUUGUAGAAGCCAAUGAUAUUUCCAUAUCUUGUGCGACUAUCAAUAUCAAAGCCAACAAUUCUUCUAAAUUCAACAUAGAACAAUCCCACAACUACCGUUUUUUACCUUUUAUACAACAUCUUGUUGUACGUACAGGACGGAUGAGAAUUAUUGAUGAGGAUAAUCCAGCUGGAAUGAAAAUCCAAUGGCACUGGAGUUAUCCAUCUGAGUACAUGGUUGUUUUCGAUACGGACUAUCGGAACUACGCUGGGGUUUUUUUCUGUUCAUUGAUGGGUAUUGCAUCAGAAUCGAAAAUUUAUAUAUUAUCAAGAACCACUGGGUUGAGUGAUUUGCACAGAAAUAAGGUGAAAGAAAGUUUGAAACUGAACGAUUUCAGCGCUUCAAGCUUGAGCAAAAUCGAGCAUAAGGAUUGUCCAACGGAAAAAACUGAAAACACCUUCAAGCUGAAGGUUGAACCAGACUUUCUAUCGCCCAAAUACAUUGGCAACAAAAUAGAUAAAGAGUUGAAGAAGAACUUCGAUAGAAAAGACUGCAGCCGAGAAGAUAGCGAAGAACAGGUCACGAUGAGGGGUUGAAAAUUUGGUCAUCGAUAUUGAACGACUGCGAUAUUGAUAUGACAAGGAUUGCUACUUAAGUUUUGAGAUAUGACAACAAUGAUGUGUAUACGUCAAAUCGAACGUUGUCCUCGUAGAGUUUGAUAUUUCUAAUGGUUAACGAUGAUUUUCUAUGACUUCCGACGGAUUAGACCAACAGCUUCGUCUUUUGAUAAUGAAGCACCAUCUAGGGCCACCGCCCAAGGGUUUCGCUUGUUUUCAUAAUCCAAUCGUGGUAACAUACCGGCUAGAUAUUGGGGCACACUAAUAAGGGCAUUGUUCCACUCGCUUACAUUCAAUAUGGAACAACAUUUUUGCCAUCAAAAUAGUUAUUUAUGUAUCAAGGACGAAAACCUGUCAUUUAUAGUCGAACCUGUAAAUUGAUAGCCGAGGAUAGCAAGAAGGCGAGACAAUAUAGACAGUACAUACCUUUAUGAAAGUAAGAAGUUACCCGUAGGAUGGCCUCAUCUAGGUCGCCUUAUUUGCAAAUUCCCUCACCUCUGGACUAUAGUGUUAUUACUAGUACCCAUAUCGCUAUCACUAUCCAUUCUCGAUUAUAAUGAACACUAACAUUAAAACCACGUACUUGAUUCACUCAUAAAAUCUAGGGGAUUUCGUAAAUAUUUGAUUCGACAACAGCGUAACAGCCAUUCUCACGGGAACUAAUGUUUUCAUCAAAUUCUGUUUCCCAAAAUUGAUUAUUCUCUCUAUCUAGUUUUCGUAUCUAUUGACGAACGAGCAAGACGAAAAGAGUUUGAGGACGAAAAGUGUAUGCGGAAAAGAAGUAAUUUCCUUCAAAAAUAGUCAACUUUUCAUUCGGAAAUUAGUUCGUAAAAUGUAAUUGUUUGUUUUGGUGGACGAAAAAAGAUUUUUCGCGUUGGAUAUCGCCUAAUUUUCUGAUCGUUCCAAAAAAACCUCGUGUCCGUUAGUGAAAAGUUGAAAAAAUUCAUGGCGGUGAUCGGGAAGACCUUUAUCAGAUAACAACUGGCGACGAAUCAUGGAACUCUGCAUAUGAACCCAAAAUCAAACCAUGAUCGACUGUACUGGUCUUUCAAAAGUCCAACAAAGAUUGUUGGCUCAUGAAUCGCACUAUUUUCGGAAUAACUAGACGUGUAGCCACAGAGUUUUGAUCCCAAUGGAGAAUAUUUCGACACUAAAGCACAAAAACUGAAUUACCUACGGGAUUUUCACUAACAUGAGUUAUUUAACCACUACACGUGUUUCGCUAUCACAGCGUAGCGUCUUCAGGUGGGUAGAGUUCAGUGGUUGUAUACCAACCUCAUCGUGAUAAAAAUUAUGUAAUUCAGUUUUUUGAGUUUAAUAUGGAUUUAUUCCUGCAACUUCAAUUCAACAGUGAAGUCAAUUCUGUUAUAGACAUUUUGCAUAUCUCAAAAAUUGAGUAACAAUCCUCGUAAUCGGUAGAAAUAUUCUAGGAAAUGUUAUGAAUAUCACAAUUUAUUAAUCAAAUAGGUACGUAUAAAUAUACCCAAACAAUAAUGUAAUAUGCAGAAUAAAAAUUUCAUGAAAAA